AUGAAUGGUGUAUUCGCUGUCUUUAAACCCUCGGGCUAUUCCUCUUCUGAAUUGGUAGUAAAAUUGAAAAAAAUAUUUCAAAAAUCACUUUUGUUUGAAGAUGACAUGAAACAAAUACUAAGAACUAAAAAAAAAAAGAGAAAUCAAAGAAUUAAAAUUGGCCAUGGUGGUACCUUGGACCCUGAAGCCUCUGGCAUCUUAAUCAUUGGAAUAGGCACUGGAACCAAAAAACUAAAUCUGUUCUUACUAAAAUGCACAAAGGUCUACGAAGCUGAAGCAUUAUUAGGUGCCACAACCAACUCUGGUGAUCAAACAGGCGAUUUAGUUAUUAAAAAUUCAACUGAUCAUAUCAAUAAAGAUUUUGUCCAUGAAACUGUUUCAAAAUUCGUUGGUAACGUUAUUCAAACUCCAUCAAUAUACUCUGCUUUGAAAAUGAAUGGCAAGCCCUUGUAUGAGUACGCAAGACAAAACAUACCCUUGCCCUCAAAGAUUCCUGAAAGAAAUGUUAAAAUCGAUUACAUAAAUUUGGUUGAAUCGGAUUUAUUAUCGAGAGACCAUGAUUACAAAUUCAUCAAAUACGACAAAUCAUACUCCAAUCCCUUGACAAAUGAUCCUGAAAAUCAGAAAAAUUUAAAUGAGUUAUUAGCCAAUGAACUUGAACAAGAAAAAAAAAACUUAACCAACUCUUCAAAUGUCAAUGUUGAUAAAUUGCAUUUCUCUGACAAAUAUAAAGAAAUUUGCAAACAAAAAAAUAUAAUUGAUGAUUCCACUACUUACAAAUCAAUCCCAAUAACAGAUGAAAACGUUUACAAAGAAACUCUAUUAGACAAUUAUAGAGCCCCAUUGUUACAUUUUACAACAAAGGUCUCAUCUGGAACUUAUAUAAGAAGUUUGAUCACUGACAUAGGAAAAGGUCUAAAAUCAUCUGCAUACAUGGUCAAAUUAACAAGAACUCAACAAUCGGAUUUUACCCAAGAUUCUUGUUUCCAUUUGGACCAAUUUGAAAAUUUGGACGAGAAAAUAUGGGGACCGAUAUUGAAGAAAACGAUAACCAGCGAUUAUGGUGCAGUAAAUGUUCAAAAAGAAUUC